AUGUCUUCUGCUAAGUGUUUGGUGUCUCUGAUGGUGGUGCUGGUGGCUGCUCUGUGUGUGGUUCAUGGGGAGGAGAGGAUCCAGUUGUGUGGGAGAGACCUGAUUCGUCUGGCAGUGUCGCACUGUGGUAACUCUCGGCUGAGGAGAAGCAUCUCGUACGUACAUCUGGGGCAGCAUCAAAACACCUGUAAGUGGGACCAGGACGCCUCUGCAGAGGAGCACCAGGCUACGGAGACGGUCCACACUUCGCCAGAAUCCAAUGGAGAAAAGGACGUGUUCACCUUGGCUCCUCACUUGUACCGCCUGUCCCCUCGAGUUAGACGGGCUGUCGGAAAAAUAUCUGACAUUUGCUGUGAGAAGGGCUGCAGCAUGAGGGAGUUGAUCCAGUUUUGCUAA